CUAUUAAGUUGUGGUUUGACAGAUUCUUAAGACAACAGCCUCUUAAGAAUUUGAAAUGUGUUAACACAUCUAAUACAAGAAUCUUCUGCUUAGAAUGGGCAACUUUCUGGGCUCCUCCAUGGCUGUGAUCUGCACGUCUCCGCUCCUUUUUCCAUCUCCCUUCUUUCCCCCUUGCCAACAUGGCAUGGCUUCAUUAGUGCUAGAAUAGAUCAUUCCUGUUGGCCUCCUGUUCAUCACCUUUGUGUGUUUUGCUCCUAGCUGCAGGUAACCUUUGUUAGAUGGCUUCUGUUUGUGGCCUAGGAGUAUUUUUAGCUGUAGGCUUUGCUUGUUUCAGACUGUGGCACACUGAUCCAUUGUUAGAGUGUGGCUUUCAUCUCCUCUAUGGGAGGGACCAGUUAUAACUGAUAGUUGCUUCUUUGCCUUUUCAAACAUCACUCCUUUCCUUGUAUCUUUUUUCCUUCUGGCAAACACUUCCCUCUUUCGGAGCUCAAGCCAGCAUAGCUCUGCAAAGCUCUCUCCAAGCUUCUAACAAGGUAAGCAAUGGAGAAUCAAAUGAGGAUUUUAAGUGUUCCUUUAUGCAGCACCCUGUGAACAAAAUAACGGUAGGCUUACUGUCAAUUGCAGAUAUUUUAGUGUGGGCAAUGAUUUUCUCACUGCGUUUAAGUUCUGCUAAAUCCAUGUUAUUGAGUAUGACUUUGUGUUUCAUACCAAACCUACCAACAGUAUAGAUAUUAAGAUGAAUUAAUGAAACAACUCGAGCCCCUGCAUACUGAGUUUUUAUGUCAAAACUAAGCCAGUGAAGUUCUGAGGAACUCCAUCUUCAGUAAUCAGUUUUAGUUACAUUUAAGAUGUGCAUAAAUUAUUUAAGUUACUGGGGAAAGUUGUUUGAUGAGAACCAACAUUCUAGUGCUUUGUGCUGGUAUUUCACUGGUAUAAUUGAUAAAUUAAACUGGUUUCUGGAUCUUUUUUAUCCACUAGGUCUUUACGCCCUUGUAGUUCCCUCUGUGAUUUCCUUCAUGUGUCCUUAUAUGAACUCACUGACUGCUGUGAACUGACUUGGAUCUAAAGAUAAAUAUGUCGGUGAUCUUGAUAAAACAAACUCUGCACCAUCUCUAAACUAAACUCUAUAUUUGUAAACAGAAUUCUGCACAGAUGACUUGUCUAUAAAUUAGACCACUAUUGGCAAAGUGCAGAUCAAAGAUAAAACUGACCUUUCAAUGGCAAAAUAUAAACUCUGUUGGAGUUGCCUCUGGACUUCAACAAACAGGCUUUUUCUACAUAAUAAUCACAUUCCAUAAGAAGAAGAGAAGAAGAUAACAUGGUUGCACUAGAAAUGCUUCUAGAAGCUGUGCAGGCUGUGAGGAAACUAAAACUGCUCUGAAACUGUUUUGCUUAAAUGUCCUGUUACUUGAAGUUGGCUCUUGUAACUUAAAAAGCAUUCUUCAGGUGUACUUUGUUCAUGUUCAGAUUUUAAUGAGUGGGUAGAGGAAUGCCACUCACAAAUUACUUCCUGCGUUAAGCACAUAGUCUAAAUUUAGUGUUGAGUUAAGGGAAUGGUUUACGAGGUUUGAUAGACUCAACAGUGAAAAGUGGGAUGGGUUCUCUCAGUGGUAAAUGGUAUGAUGAUUUCCCUAGGCUUGUUAUGCAUUGGUGCUAUGAUACACCUCGGAGUAGGGAGAAAAAAUACACAUCACAAAAUUCACUUAUCCCUUUCUAUUCUCAGGAGCUAUCCUUUUGGUAAGUCUGCAGAAGCUGAUGAUAAUAUAGCAUAGCCCCAUGGUAAGCGCCUCUUGAGGAGAAGACAGAGUGACAUUAAUCAUCCCUUACAAGAACUUGUCACACUGCUACCCACAGUCAGUCUGUCUUGGUGAGGCCUUUGAUCUGAAUUCUGUGUGUCACCUUUUAAUAGGUGCCAGAAUCCACUAGUUUAAACGCGGUAUUUGAAAUGGAACUGAACUGCAGCCCAGCUUUACUUACAAGUCUGCAAGAGGUCUCUUUCCAGGAGGCUGAUUUUAGCAUUACAUAUCCUUCCUGACUGCCUUACAUGAAUGGAUGCAUUAGGCUAGAUCUACAAAGGAACAAGCAGAAGCAGGAGUGUGUGACUUGCAAAUAGAUAGCAGGAGAGCCAUGGAUAAAAGUGAGUUGGUACAGAAAGCCAAGCUGGCUGAACAGGCUGAGCGUUACGAUGAUAUGGCUGCUGCUAUGAAGGCUGUCACUGAGCAAGGACAUGAACUGUCCAAUGAAGAAAGGAAUCUACUCUCAGUUGCCUACAAGAAUGUGGUUGGUGCCCGUCGCUCGUCCUGGCGUGUAAUUUCCAGCAUUGAACAGAAAACAGAGAGGAAUGAGAAGAAACAGCAGAUGGGAAGAGAAUAUCGUGAGAAAAUUGAGGCUGAAUUGCAGGAUAUCUGCAAUGAUGUUCUGGAACUCCUGGAUAAAUACCUUAUUGUCAAUGCCACGCAGCCAGAAAGCAAGGUCUUCUAUUUGAAAAUGAAAGGUGAUUACUACAGAUACCUCUCAGAGGUGGCAUCUGGGGACAACAAGCAAACAACGGUAGCAAACUCUCAGCAAGCUUACCAGGAGGCAUUUGAAAUUAGCAAGAAAGAGAUGCAGCCAACACACCCCAUUCGACUCGGUUUGGCUCUAAAUUUCUCUGUCUUCUACUAUGAGAUACUAAAUUCUCCUGAAAAAGCCUGUAAUCUGGCAAAGACGGCAUUUGACGAAGCGAUAGCGGAGCUGGACACGCUGAAUGAAGAGUCUUACAAAGACAGCACUCUCAUCAUGCAGCUGCUUAGGGACAACCUCACUCUAUGGACGUCGGAAAACCAGGGAGAUGAAGGGGAUGCUGGGGAGGGAGAGAACUAAUGGCUGUCACGCUUCACUAUAUGUUCAAUGUCACCCUGUAUCCUACACAUAUAUCCCUUUGUGCGACAAGCAAAAAGAAUAGUACAUCGACUUUCACAACCUCAACGUAGCAAAAACUGUCUGUGGGGUAAAAACAGUUGGUUGGUGUUCUGUGUACCUAGAGCGGAGGUCGGUUAUUAUAAUGGCAUUCCGAACUUUCCUAUUAUGAACAUUUACAGUUAUGAUUACCGUGUUUAUAUUUUUAACUGAACACUGUGAUUAUGGGUUUUGUGAUUGCAAUUGACUUUACAAAACUCUUAUUGGUAGAAAAGUAGACAUCAAUUAUGUAACUCUGGCAAGCUUAAUUUGGCACCAAAAUAGUCGAAGUACAAUUCUGUUGUAAAGUUGUACAGAAAGUUAUAGAGAUUCUAUUGUGACACUGGGGCAUGGAAGGAAAACAAUCCGAUGUAUGGCAUUCCAGUUAGCAACACUGCUAUGAAUUAGUUUAACGGGCACACUCUGUAGACGUUUGUAACCAAGUCUGAGGCACCGCUUUCAGUCAAAAGCUCACUUUGUCAAUCCUGCCUUUCUGGGGAUGGGGUUUAUUUUGGGGAGGAGGGUAAUGGGGGAGUUAGCAGCUUGAUUUCCAAAUUCUUUAUACUGGCAGAUAACUGGGAUUUGACUUCUAAAAGUGCUUUCAUGCUCAUACGGCAUGCAUGACUAAGCCCCUUCCCACAGCAAUAACGUACCUAAUUAUACCUUAGAUAUUCUUAAGUAGUGAGAAGUCUUGGUUCACUGCCAUGGACUUGCAAUAGGAGAAGAUUCAAUUUUCUGAAUGGCCUUAUUAGUUUGGAUGAUACCAUGAAGUGAUCUGCCACUUUUGCAUUACUUUACUCUUAGGUGAGUCGAAAUCUCCAUGGUAUUCCCAUUUCAAAUUUAUCCUGAAAACUUCUGAAGUAAUCCACUGAGCCAUCUUUAAGUUCACUUUAUAGAAAUUUUUCUCCCAUUGGACUCUGUUCAUUCUUGACCCUCUCACCUGUUUAAACUCCAUUAAAGCAAUUUUGGACUCCCA